CUACCAGCAGCUACAGGUGGUGAGGCGGCAGCAGCAGCUCCGGGGAUGGCGCACGCCAAUGCCAGCAGCAGCACCAUGAACAGCUCCCUGCCCGGGCUCACCCUGGGCGCCGGGGGGCUGCGGCCUCUGGACUUCGGGGAGUGGACCUUCCUAGUGCCCAGCUCGCUGCUGCUGAUCUGCCUGAGCGGGCUGGGGGGGAACCUGUGCGUGAUCGCCGCCCUCCUGCACACCGCGCGGGUCACGCCGCCCGCCCUCACACACUCGCUGAUCCUGAACCUGAGCGUGUCGGACCUGCUGCUGCUGCUGUUCUCGGUGCCGCUCCGAGCCGCCGCGUACUCCGGCUCCGCCGUGCCCCUGGGCUGGUUCGUGUGCAGGACGGCGGACUGGUUCGCUCACUGCUGUAUGUCCGCCAAGAGCAUCACCCUGGCCAUGGCAGCCCGAGCCUGCUCCACGCCCGCCGGUGACCCUGCCCAGCAGGCGCCCCCCAGGCCGCUGGGGAUGUGUGCGGCGACGGUGGGCACCUGGCUGCUGGCUGCCAUCCUGCCCCUGCCCGAGUGGUACUUCACCCGCACCAAGCACAUGGGCGGCUCGCUGGUCUGCCUGAUGCAGGUCCCGGCCCGGGCGCAGGAGCUGAUAGUGGUCUAUGUGACUGUGUACCCGGUCCUGGUGUACUGCGCCCCCUUCUCCGCCGCCGCCCUCUACUUCUGGAGGGCACAUGCCCAGUGCCAGCGCCGGGGGAGCAAGACGCAGAACCUGCGCCAGCAGAUCCGCUCCCGCAGGCUGAGAGUGGCGCUACUGGGCGUCAGCGGCGCCUCUGCCCUCCUGUGGCUGCCGGAGUGGGUGACCUGGCUGUGGACCUGGCACCAGCCCCCGGGGGCGCUGCCCCCUCCCCCAGUAUUGCAGGCUGCAGCCCAGGUGCUCAUGUUCUCCCUCUCCGCCAUCAGCCCCCUUAUCCUGCUGCUCAUGUCCGACGAAUUUAAAGAAGGGCUCACCGGUGUGUGGCAGCGGGUCACAUCGCCCCGGGCCCCUGAAGCGGCAGCAUCGCCCGGUGUGCAGGAGCAGGGGGCGCAGAGCUCGGAGGUCCUGCCAGGAUCCAGCACCUCCUCCCCGGACCCUGAACCCGGACAGCAGCCGGACGGCUUCCUGCAGCAGUCACCAUCUCAGCAGCUGUUCGGGAGCCAGGACAGUAAGGAGAACCCGGUCCUGCCAGAUGUGGAGCAGUUCUGGCAUGAAAGGGAAGCGCAGCCGCCCGACAACAGCAAUGACCCCAUCCCAUGGGAGCACCAGGAGCACGCUGCCGGCACCUCUGACCCAUCAGGCAUCAGCAUGUAAUGGGCCGCAUGUGCCGUAAUUAUUACUUCCCCCAGGCGAAGGGACCAGUCCGGGGGAGGACACGAUGAACACCUGGCCCUGUAUGAGCACAUUCCCAACACCAGACUUGUCCAGGUAUUAUCCAUAGGCUCUGGAUUGCUGUGACCUUUGCUAAUUCUGGAGGCUUCACUAUUGUGCUGGCCAUAGAGAACCUGACACUGGCGCAUCUACAUGUAUACAAUGUGCAGAACAAAAAUCUGAUAUAAAAAAGAAAAGAAAAAGUCUUGAUACAAAAAGGCCCCCAAAAUGUAUGUGCUGUAUAACGUAGAGGGGAUGUAUGUGCUGUAUAACGGAGAGGGGAAUGCACAGUAUGUUCUGUAUAAUAGAAGGAGAUGUAUGUAUAAGUGUAUGUUUGUAUAAGGGGGAUUUAUGUGCUGUAUAACAUAGAAGGGAUGUAUGUGCUGCAUAACAAAGAUGGGAAUGUACAGUAUGUUCUGUAUAAUGGAGAGGUGAUUUAUGUUUACGAGAGGGGAUGUAUGUGCUUUAUAACAGAGAGAGGAUGUUUGUAUAAGAGGGGGGGAUUUAUGUGCUGUAUAACAGCGGAAUUUAUCUGCUGAAUUACGAGGGGAUGUAUGUGCUGUUUAACAGAGAGGGGAAUGUAUGUGCUGUAUAAUGGAGAUGGGUGUAUGUGCUGUAUAACCGGGGAAUGCACUCAUUGCAUAAUGGAGGGGAUGGGGGGUAUAUGUAAGGAGAAAGGAUGUAUGUGCAGUAUAAUGGAGGAGAUGUAUGUGCUAUAUAACAGAGUGAAAUGUACAAUAUGUGCUGUAUAAUGAAGAGAUGUAUGUUCUGUAUAACGAAGAUGAGAAUCUACAGUAUGUUCUGUAUAAUGGAGAGGUAUUUGUAAGAGAGUAUGUUCUGUAUGUGUAAGAGAGUAUGUUCGUAUAAGGGGGGAUUGUGUUGUGCUGUAUAACGAGUGUAUGUAUAAGAGAGGGGAUGUAUGUGCUGUAUAACAGAGGGGAUAUAUGUACUUUAUAACGGAGAGGGGAAUGUACAGUUUGUGCUGUAUAACGAGGAGGAGAUGUAUGUUCUGUAUAACGGAGAGGGGAUAUAUGUGCUGUAUAACAGAGAGGGGAAUAUAUGUGCUGUAUAACAGAGAGGGAAAUGUAUGUGCUGUAUAAUGAGGAGGAGAUGUAUGUGCUAUAUAACGAGGAGGAGAUGUAUGUUCUGUAUAACAGAGAGGGGAAUAUAUGUGCUGUAUAACAGAGAGGGGAAUAUAUGUGCUUAUAACAGAGAGGGGAAUGUAUGUGCUGUAUAAUGAGGAGGAGAUGUAUGUGCUGUAUAACGAGGAGGAGAUGUAUGUGCUGUAUAACAGAGAGGGGAUAUAUGUACUGUAUAACAGAGAGGGGAAUAUAUGUGCUGUAUAACAGAGAGGGGAAUGUAUGUGCUGUGUAAUGAGGAGGAGAUGUAUGUUCUGUAUAACAGAGGGGAAUAUAUGUGCUGUAUAACAGAGAGGGGAAUGUAUGUGCUGUAUAAUGAGGAGGAGAUGUAUGUGCUGUAUAACGAGGAGGAGAUGUAUGUGCUGUAUAACAGAGAGGGGAUAUAUGUACUGUAUAACGGAGAGGGGAAUAUACAGUAUGUGCUGUAUAACGAGGAGGAGAUAUAUGUGCUGUAUAAGGGAAAGGGGCUGUAUGUUCUGUAUAACGGAGAGCGGAUAUGAAUGUAUGUGCUGUAUAAUGAUGAGAUGUAUGUGCUGUAUUACAGAGAGGGGAUAUGAAUGUAUGUGCUGUAUAACAGAGAGGGGAAUGUAUGUGCUGUAUAAUGAGGAGGAGAUGUAUGUGCUGUAUAAGGGAAAGGGGCUGUAUGUUCUGUAUAACGGAGAGGGGAUAUAUGUGCUGUAUAAGGAGGGGAUAUAUGUACUGUAUAACAGAGAGGGGAAUGUAUGUGCUGUAUAAUGAGGAGGAGAUGUAUGUGCUGUAUAAGGGAAAGGGGCUGUAUGUUCUGUAUAACGGAGAGGGGAUAUAUGUGCUGUAUAAGGAGGGGAUAUAUGUACUGUAUAACAGAGAGGGGAAUGUAUGUGCUGUAUAAUGAGGAGGAGAUAUAUGUGCUGUAUAAGGGAAAGGGGCUGUAUGUUCUGUAUAACGGAGAGGGGAUAUAUGUGCUGUAUAAGGAGGGGAUAUAUGUACUGUAUAACAGAGAGGGGAAUGUAUGUGCUGUAUAAUGAGGAGGAGAUGUAUGUGCUGUAUAAGGGAAAGGGGCUGUAUGUUCUGUAUAACGGAGAGGGGAUAUAUGUGCUGUAUAAGGAGGGGAUAUAUGUACUGUAUAACAGAGAGGGGAAUGUAUGUGCUGUAUAAUGAGGAGGAGAUGUAUGUGCUGUAUAAGGGAAAGGGGCUGUAUGUUCUGUAUAACGGAGAGGGGAUAUAUGUGCUGUAUAAGGAGGGGAUAUAUGUACUGUAUAACAGAGAGGGGAAUGUAUGUGCUGUAUAAUGAGGAGGAGAUAUAUGUGCUGUAUAAGGGAAAGGGGCUGUAUGUUCUGUAUAACGGAGAGGGGAUAUGAAUGUAUUUGCUGUAUAAUGAUGAGGAGAUGUAUGUGUUGUAUUACAGAGAGGGUAUAUGAAUGUAUGUGCUGUAUAACAGAGAGGGGAAUGUAUGUGCUGUAUAAUGAGGAGAUGUAUGUGCUGUAUAAGGGAAAGGGGCUGUAUGUUCUGUAUAACGGAGAGGGGAUAUGAAUGUAUGUGCUGUAUAACAGAGAGGGGAAUGUAUGUGCUGUAUAAUGAGGAGGAGAUGUAUGUGCUGUGUAAGGGAAAGGGGCUGUAUGUUCUGUAUAACGGAGAGGGGAUAUAUGUGCUGUAUAACGGAGAGGGGAUAUAUGUACUGUAUAACAGAGGGGAAUGUAUGUGCUUUAUAAUGAUGAGGAGAUGUAUGUGCUGUAUUACAGAGAGGUCAUGUUGUGGACUUUUUUAAUCAUGCACCGAGUGAGUUGGGUCAGUAAUUAUACCAUCUGCUUCCACAGACAGCAAUCCUCCAAACAUGAGCUGUUGGGAAAACUUCAGGGUUGAGGUAAAAACCAUGGCUCCAUGGUAUGUGGUCUAUUACAAGUCAUACCAAUCAGCUAUGGAAUGGCAACAACAUACAACAGACAGGAUUGUAUUUGUGAGGAAGUACAGGUCAUUCUGUUAUAUAUGUAUUUUUUUUAAACAUUGUUUUAGUAUAGGUGAACUGUGGUAUUACUUUACCCUAGUUGUUAGAAUGGUUGUGUUUUCUCAAAUACUUCUUUAAUGUCCUUACCUCACUGCAAGGUGGAUGACACACCGUGGCUGUCUAGAAAUAAGAGCUCUUCCCGAAACUCAAUUAUAGCUAGUACAUACAUAUCUACAAUACGUUUGCUUGCUGUUUAUGCAGCAUCUUCUGUGUAUGCAGCAAAUGUGCUGCUCCAAGUAACUAGACUGAGGAUUUAGGUGAGGAGUUCACAGAGUUCUAGUUCCUCAUUAAGAUCCACGGGGAUACAGACAGCUCUGCAUUUAAGAGGUCUAUUGUAUGUACAGAUUAAAUGCACUAGGCAUAUAGGUCUUAAUGAAGGUCACUCUAGAACUAUUUAAGCCAGUGGUUCUCAAACUUUUUUUAAUCAUGGCGCCCUAGAGUAUCAGAAUUUUUUAACGGCACCCUUAGGCCAAAAGUUUCUUAUUGAGAAUUUUAGAAAACAGUAAGUAAAUUAUGAUUAUGUGUCAUCCUUCGUUUCUUUAGUGUGGUGCGGAACAAUAUUAGAUUCUAGUUGUCUAUUACUUUGACCAUAAAAUAGUUUGAAAUGGUCCUGGACCACCAAUCCAAGGCACCCCUGCUUGUGUCCUGAGGCACCCCAGGGUGCCUAGGCACACAUUUGGGAACCACUUAUUUAAGCCAUUCACUUUAAUCCUCUGUCUGCAUAUAACAAAACAAAGAAACAAUUCUAUAAAGUCAUUGCCUGUAAUUUAGGCAAUGUGUAAAUGAUAUGUUAUCAUACAACACUUCCCAAAGUAUCUUAUGACUGUACUACAUAAAUGAUAAACUAAACAAAAUGCCAGGAUGUAGUCAUUGUGACACAUUUCAAAUUGUCAGAUACUCCUUGAGAAUUUAAAAUUAUUUUAGCAUUUACAGCUUGUGCCAAAUGACCAAUUUAAACAGACUUAUGCGCAGUAGGAUUUGUAAUAGGUUUCCUGAUUUUUAUAACAGAUUACUAAAGAGAACUUAUAUUUAAUUUUAAAUGGUAUUGUUACUUUAUGUUUUAGUAAAGAUGUCUAGAAACAAAUAAAGUUAUCACCUUUUCCCAUUCAUUGCGUGUAACAUAAAUCACUAUUUUUUUUAGAUCUUUAGCAUUUGAUACUAUAAGGAACAGACAGCCUAUGGUGAAUUUCCUAUUAGGCAUGAGAGGCACGUGCCUAGGGGCGGCACCUGUUUGGUGGCUGCAGUUGGAUGCUUACGCUGGUACUGUCAGCCCAACAAGUAUCAGUAACUGCAAAAUAUUUCCACUGUACUGUACAAUAUGCCAUCUUGAGUGGAGUGUAAAUGGGUAGCACAUGCACAUACUGCCCCUGUAAACUGCCCUGCUUAGUAA